CCCACUCUUCCCUUGUUCGAGCAAAUUAUUAAUAUAUAAAUUUUCCCACCUGUCAGCUGACGCUAGAAGGGAGCUGAAGCUUGAAGGAGAAAAGGAAUAACCCCCAUGAGCAAACUCUACAUUACGGUUGCGAGUACAUAUUUCAGCUGAUUCUGAACAUACUCGGACCGUUGGCAACCUACUACUAACCUGCUCCAUGGACAUGGGGUAAGACAUACAUGGGAGAGGGGAGAUGUGUCGAUGAUGAUAUUUCGGUCUGUACACACGAUAUGACAUGGUUUUCUUGCCACCCUCUUGGUGGGGACUCCAACUGAGACCUUUCGGCUGGGCCCUCGAUGCUUGCUCUGAAAUAUCACCCCGCAGCACUAGCAUUCUUUCAGAAAAUCGCCCGCCUCAUUUGGCAGUUCUGGUAUGGGCCAGGAUAUCAUGAAAAAGGCUGUGCAUGUGGGUUGCAGUGAAAGAAAAUCAAUGAUGCUCGAGUCAUGGCCCCCAAGAUCCAUGAAUAGCGAUUCUAUUAUUUCCCUCCUCCGGGUUGCGUGCUGCUGACAUGCCAAUCUUCUGUUUUUAGGAAGAACUUUGGAAGGCUCUCAAAAGGUCAAAGAUGGAGGUGGAUCUUGCUCCCAUUUUUUUUUUGGUCUUUUGUUUUAGACAAAAUGUGCUGGAGGCCCCUCCCUCACGAUCAUGAUUCCAACUUCAGCACAAGAUGUCGAUGAAUAUUAAAUGUAUCAGUCAGUGCGUGCAACUAUCGAGGAACUACGAGGGACAGACCUACAAGUAUAACCCAAACUCUUCGCCAGUACUGCUGCUGAGCCUCAGCCAGUUUUUUCGAUCUCCAUUUUUAGAUGUUAAGUGACAUGAUGCAGAAACUCUUUCUGUCUUCUUUCCGGGGCUUCUUUUCUUCUCUUAUUAUUAACUUAGCCUCUGGUGUCCCCUUACCUGUGGCGAAAUCACCAAAGUUCUUUGUGAGCGUCGUUCGCUUUACGGGGAAUCUUCGGGAUAUGCUGAAUGCAUUCUUGCCUGAUUAACCUCAUGCGCAGCCUUACGAACGUUCAGACUCCGUUUUUCCCUUGAUGUAGAAUGUGGAAUACAAUACAAUACAGUACAGUACAGUAGAGUAUAGUACACCUGAUACUAUAAAUACAGGUCGAUGGAUGGCAAGCCCAUGCCAAUGGUUUUCGCUGGCGGAUCAUCGGUGUUCCCCCUAGCCUGGAGGAGAACCAUUUCCCGUUGAUUGGAAUUGAUUUGGCAGUAGUGGAGUGGAGCGCGUGUUGUCGUCCCUGAGGCAACUUUGCUCUCGCGCGUCAUCCAAAUAAUACAGCGUAGAGAAGGGGGUGGAGAGUAGGAGGCAAAAAGAACCCGGAGCCUGAGGGCAAGUUGAGACAUGGUGAUACAUAUGCUGUCCCUGUUCGAAGAGGCUUGUGUAUCACAUCUGCUGUCGCUUAUGUAUCCUUCCUUCCUACUGAUCGAUUCCUUGCUUAACUGCGAUAUUUUUAGUGGCCUCAGCACGGACGGGCAAGAAUUCUUGGGGGGACGAUCAGUUAGUAUUACGGCUGUGUAUUCUAGCUAGGUUUAGAGAACAAUACAUGUAUUACAGUUUACCGUACACAAACAGGCCCUUGAAACAGCCACCCACCCUAUCUGUUCUGUCUGUUUGUCUGUCUGUCUGUUUAUCCCUCCACCAACUCCAUCUCUUUAGCCAAACCUCAACCUCACGGCCUCAUCGCUGAGCCUCCUGCUCUCUCUCGCUUGGUUUUUCUUCUACUAUUCCUUUCGUUUAUCUGAGUUAGCGACGAGUUGCUUGUUUCGCCUUCGGGCUUCUUGUCCUCGUCCUUCGCUUUCUGCUUACGCCUCCCUCCCUAUUCCUCGUUUUUGCCCGCAAUUUUUGGUCUCUCGCAAUAUCAAAGCCCUCUCUCUAUCUAACAAAGACCCCGCUUGUAAUUUCAGCCGGUGCAGUGACGACAAGGCUAUUAUAAGCAACGGUCGCGGUUUUUUUCGAGCAGGACGUGUUCCCCUCGUCUUUGCUGCCCGCUCCAAGGGCUGGAGACACAUCAACACUUCAAGAAUUGGAUGGCGGGAAAACUUCCCUCUGGUCACUAAUUCGCCGUUAACAACAGCCUCUUUGAGCGUUUGCCGUACCUUGUUCCCAUUUUGAGAUAGCCAUCUGCAAGCAAUUAUGACGAACCGGUACUCAGUUUACUCGACGACGUCUUCUGCCGCCCUGGGCGCCCGCUCGACUGGUCAACCAGCUGCCCAGGUGUCCAACACAACUCUCCUCAAUGCCCUACAUACCAUAUACUCCUCAGGUCAAUCAUACCAGCUCGACUCCGGUACGGCUUUGACAGUUAACACAUGGCUUACUGCCGCAAGUCCUGGGCCGAACGGUGAAGUAGGAGGAACAGUGGACGCAGAGCUCGCGAAACGGGCUUGGGAGCAUGCUCGGAGAAGAGCUGAGGAUGGGUGUAUCGUUUUAUGCUCAUCUCACCGAUCUACGCCUUCCCUGCUUGCACCAUUCUUAGCUAAGCUGCCACUGUCGACCCCAUCGACCACUUACACUGCGCUCUCUGUCCUUAAGCCCUUCGUUUCUCAUGUUACUCCUUAUAGUCCCUCGCAAUCUCGCUAUUCCGCACUUGCCGUGUCUUAUACCUUCACCCUCACUGGCAACGUAACAGAGGUAUCACUGGCCUUAUCUACCGCCGGCCUUGAUGUUUCCAGCGGCCUCCUUAAUAUUCCUGCAGAAGCUGGCUACCGUGCUUUUGAUGUGUUUUACUACCUACUUACAUCUGCGUCGACCCCGGCUGAAAGGGAGUUUCUCAGCCUCAAAGAUGCCUCGGCAUAUUCGCUCUUGAACAAAUCCAACACAUUCGACCCACCAGCAUAUCUACCAACCGCGGAUGAUGCAGCUUCUGCCGAAGAUUUUAGAGCUUCCCUCAGGGCAAUUGGUAUCAAAGGCGCCGCACAUCGAAGUCUUAUUACCAUACUAGCUGCUCUAUUAAAACUUGGUAAUUCUCUGGGAUUUUUAAUCGACCAGGAGGAACUGGAGGAAAUUUGUGAAGAUGUUGGAGGUCUUCUAAACCUUGAUCCGGAAGUCCUUUUUCACAAGUGCUCCACAGAUGAUCGUACCAUCCUCAUCGCGGGCAUCUACGAAGCUUUGGUUGAUUGGGUGAUAUCAAAAGCUAACGAGGCCAUCUUUAAUGAGAUUCAUAACACCCAGGGUAGCAACUCCAGUGAUGGUGGCCAUGGCCAGAGGACUCCCUGGUCGGAUGAAGAAACGGGCGAUACGGCUGGCAUCACAGUUAUCGAAGUUCCAGAUCCGGCCUUGGGAAAGGCCAUCGCCCUUAGGGGAGUCUUCGACGACUCUCUCGGUAUUAAUGCUGAAAUGAAGGAAGAUGGAAUUGAGGUUGUUGCCCCAGGACAUUCUGUAAUCAAGGAAAUGCACAAUGCAGUCGCAGAGGUUGAGGCCGAUAUGGGGGUACAGGGAAGCGCAGCCAUCCGUGAACGAGAACAGGCAUACGACAGAAAAGGGGGGGUUCUGGAGAAAGUUGGAUUGGAACUUGAAAUGGGCGCCUUUCUUCGACAGAUUUUAUAUCCUGUUGAAAACGAAGGUAUCACUCUUGGCAAGAAGGGCCGUUUUGACCUCAGCGAUACUCUAGGAAGCAGCAGAGUUUGGUACCACCUUGCACUGCACCCCACAGACGACUUGCCUGCUACCUUGGCCUCUUUACCAUCCGUUACGUCCUCGUGGUCUGCUGGGACUGUCUCUCGUCAGCUUCGUGCAUGGAGGCUUCCUGAAUGGGCCAACCGCCGGAACAAGCACCUUGACUUCACGGCAGAUUUCGACGUAGAGGAAUUUGUCGCAAGGUACUCUCGACUCGGGUGCCAGGAAGGGAAGGAUGGAGUACAAAGCUGGAUCCUUGAAAGAGGGUGGAGCAAUGGUGAUGUGGUUAUCGGCAACGAGAGAAUUUGGAUGAGAGAAAUUGCAUGGUGGGAGGCUGAAUCAAUGCUGGAUAUGAAACCACAGGAUAUCCCACAGGACCCCUUCAACCCAGUGAUGACUCCCUUUGAGAGUGGAUAUUCUUCAACCCCACCACCACCACCCAAUGCUAGCGGAUUUUUUCAACCAGAGACAAGCUUUGGUGGCAGUCAUGAAAAUCUUAUGCAUCGGCAAAGCGUGGCAACUAUGCCCGCGAGUGCGUUUGGAGGACCUCGUUCCAUCGCGCCUACUGUUGGCCAACCUGGCCAACCCGCACCUGGGGACUACGGUCUUGGUCCAAAGGGAGAUGACCGAAAACACGAUGCCCAAUACUACGAUCAAGAUCUUGGGACAUUCACCGGUCAAAUUGAUGCAGAAUAUGGUGACCCCAAAAAGAUCGAGCAGAAGAAAAUUCCAUUGUCUCGGCGUGCUUGGGCCGGCUUCGCUUGGGCGGUGACUUUCUGGAUUCCUUCGUUUGUCCUUCGGUACGUUGGCCGUAUGAAACGCCCAGAUGUUCGAAUGGCCUGGAGAGAAAAGGUUACUCUCAUGGCUUUAAUCCUUCUCCUAAACGCCACGAUUGUUUUCUGGAUUGUCGCUUUUGGAAAUCUACUUUGUCCCAAUAAAGACAAAGUAUGGUCUGAGAGAGAAGUCAGUUUUCACCAAGGGGAUAAUGACUACUACGUCAGUAUCCAUGGGGUGGUGUAUGACAUUAGCAGGUUUUGGAGAGUUCCACACGCUGUAACGAGAGACACUUCCAGGGUUAGAAUGGACCCUUUCCGCGGCUUGAACCUGGAUGCUUACUUUCCUAUUCCACUGACUGUGGCAUGUCGCGGCUUCAACAUAGCCGACACUGUUAGUCUCCGCAACAACAAAACUGAUGCCGUUGUAUAUCCAAAUGCACUCCACGCCUCUGGUCCUCUAAAUGAGCGUGACCCCAAUUCCAAAUUGCACGAUAUCAACUGGUAUGACAGAGAAUUCUCACCGAGGAUCAGGGAGUAUUACAAAGGAGAUGUGGUCUGGAAUAACAAGGAAUUACGGAAACAAGCAGAAGAGGACGAGCGGCGAUGGGUUGUACUCCGAGAUGAAGUGUUUGACCUAACAGACUAUUUUUACACCCUUAAGGCGAUGAACAAUCUCGCAGCCUACGAUUUCCUACCAGAGAAAGUUACCAAGUUGUUCUUAAAUAACCCGGGCGAGGAUAUUAGCGACAAGUGGGAGAAUAGUGUUGAGUUCCAGAACAGUUAUUGGUGUCUAAGGCACCAGUUUUAUGUUGGUAGAACCGACUUCCGACAGACAGCCAGAUGCCAGGUGAACAAUUACAUCCUGCUUGCAUUCACUUGCAUACUGGCUGGUGUUAUUCUCAUCAAAUUCGUUGCUGCGCUCCAGCUUGGUACUAAACGACGGCCUACGAUGCAAGACAAGUUUGUCAUAUGUCAGGUGCCGGCAUACACUGAGGGAGAAGAUCAACUGCGGAAAGGCCUUGACUCCCUUACAGCUCUCCAGUAUGACAAUAAACGCAAGCUUAUUUUUGUGAUUUGCGAUGGUAUGAUUGUUGGAGGGGGUAAUGACCGACCCACCCCAAAAAUUGUGCUGGAUAUUUUGGGUGUCGAUCCGAAGAUCGAUCCUCCUGCCCUUCCAUUUAAAUCUGUGGGCGUAGGAAGCGACCAACUCAACUAUGGGAAAGUGUAUUCCGGCCUUUAUGAAUUCGAAGGCAAUGUUGUACCUUACAUUGUUGUCGUCAAGGUUGGAAAGGAGUCCGAACAAACCAAGUCGAAACCAGGGAACCGUGGAAAGCGAGACUCUCAAGUUUUAAUUCUCAGUUUCCUAAACCGGGUACACCAUCGUUCAGCAAUGUCACCACUCGAACUUGAAAUAUUCCACCAAAUCAACAAUGUUAUCGGAGUUGAUCCUGAGCUUUACGAGUAUCUCCUCAUGGUUGACGCUGACACAAGUGUGAAAGAGGAUUCUUUGAACCGACUUGUGGCAAGUUGUGCGAAUGAUUCGAAAAUUGCCGGUAUCUGCGGCGAAACUAGUUUGGAGAACGAAGAGCGCAGUUGGUGGACAAUGAUUCAAGUUUACGAGUACUAUAUUUCCCACCACCUGGCAAAGGCUUUCGAGUCUUUGUUUGGCAGCGUUACUUGUCUUCCUGGAUGCUUCUGCAUGUAUCGUCUUCGGACUGCUGAUAAAGGUCGUCCAUUGAUUAUUUCGGAUAAGGUUCUGAGUGAAUAUUCUGACAUAGACGUUGAUACACUGCAUAAGAAGAAUCUUUUGGCCCUUGGAGAGGAUCGAUAUCUGACAACCUUAAUGACCAAGCAUUUCCCGAACAUGAGGUAUAAAUUCAUCCCGGACGCAUACGCCAGCACUGCAGCUCCAGAAACAUGGAGCGUUUUGCUAUCCCAGAGACGUCGCUGGAUCAAUUCCACCAUACACAAUUUAGCAGAAUUGAUGUUCCUUCCAGACUUGUGCGGUUUCUGCUGCUUCAGUAUGAGAUUCGUGGUGUUUAUUGAUCUUUUUGGAACGAUUAUCCUCCCAGCGACCUGUGCUUACUUGGUCUAUAUCAUUUACCUUGCUGCAACCAACAGUGGCCAAUUCCCGAUUAUUUCGAUUGCAAUCAUUGCCGGUGUUUACGGGUUGCAGGCAAUUAUUUUUAUUAUAAAACGCCAGUGGCAACAUAUUGGGUGGAUGAUAAUCUACAUCCUUGCUUUCCCGAUCUACAGUUUCAUUUUACCUCUCUACUCGUUCUGGAAUCAAGAUAAUUUCUCGUGGGGAAGUACUCGCAUCGUUAUCGGCGAGAAGGGAGACAAACGCGUCAUUGCCGUUGAGGAUGAAGGGUUCGAUCCAAGAUGCAUUCCUCUGCAACGCUGGGAUGAUUACGCGCUUGCCAACAACCUCCCAGGUCGCCGGGGAAAUUUGCCUUCUGGGCAGGAAAAGUUCUACCAGCCAGUGUAUGCUGAUGACGCUGCCAUGGAGAUGGAUGAUAUGCACUCAACAUAUUCUUCAGUGAAACCAGCGUCAACUAUCCUUACCCCCUUCCCUACCCAAGGACCCCAUGGACCGUACAUGACUCCGCACUCCACAAGUCCGUUUGGCGGCAAUAUACCUGGCAAUAGAAACUCGCACAUGUCAUCGUUCUCACGGUACACGGAGCAGCCCCUUGGCGCUCGCAGUCAAAACCAUUUGUCCAUGGGCAAUCUUAGCAGCUACCAUGAUAAUCCAGCAAGCGCAAGCCGGUUCAGCGGGUUUGGGCCAGUGGGAACCGAGAGUCACCUCGGAGUUCCUCAGCGGCAAAGCAUGCGCAGCCCACUGGGUAUGACUCGACCAGUGAACACCAUGGUGGAUUUCAGAACCCCACCAAGUUUAGGGCCAGAUGAGGCAACUAUUACGGAGGCUAUUCAACACUGUCUGUCCGAGGUGGACUUGGAUACCGUGACCAAAAAACAAGUUCGUGCUCUUGUUGAACAACGAUUGCAGACGACAUUGACCGGCGAUAAGAAGUCAUUCUUAGACCGCCAGAUCGAUACCGAACUUGCCAAUAUGUGAAAACCAGAACCGUCGAUUUAUUUUCGGGCUCGAGCCUGGACACAUCGGGUCCAUGCCCGCUUUUAACGACUCUGCUCCGUUAAAUUCAUUUUGUUCUUGGAUUUACUUUAAUUAUUCUCAUGUCUUGACGGAGGUUUACCAUCUAUCUUUGCUAUUUUACUUCAUCUUUUAUAUGUUUAUUACUAUUUGGUCUCUCUCUCUCUCUCUCUCUCUCU